UCAUAAAACUUAAAAUUUUAGUAUCAAACAUGUAAUUUUGGUAUCGGAAGUAAAGUUGACCAUAACCAAGUUUAUAGUCAAAAUGGCGACAAAUGGCUGCACCUCAAAAUCUUGGGUAAAGUUAAACGUUGGUGGAAAGGUUUUUCUUACAACGAAAACUACUCUUUUAAAAGAACCAGAUUGCUUUUUAGGUAGAUUAGCAACUGAAGAUCCUGAUCUUCCUUCCGAUAAGGAUGAAAAUGGUGCAUAUAUGAUUGAUAGAGAUCCAAAAUAUUUUUCACCUAUUCUAAACUACUUACGCCAUGGAAAAGUCAUAAUUGAUGAUGGCCUUUCAAUUGAAGGUGUUUUAGAAGAAGCAUGUUUUUACAGCAUCAAAUCUUUAAUAUCUAUACUAAAAGAUACCAUCAACACCAAACCAUCCAAAGGAAAUAGAAGACAUAUUUACAGAGUACUUCAAUGCCAAGAGGAAGAGUUAGCUCAUACAAUAUCAAAUAUGUCUGAUGGGUGGAAGUUUGAACAAUUGUUGAAUAUAGGAAGUAAUUAUAAUUACGGACCUGAUGAACAAGGAGAGUACUUAUAUAUUGUUUCAAAAGACGUUCUUGACUCGCAAGUAUCUGAUGAAUUACAACCUGUUAAUUUACAUCCUAAAGUUUUUCAACUACGGGGAACAUAGCACACCUUAAUUGUAGUGGUAUUUAUCAGCUAACUUUUUUUGCUGACGAAAACUUUCGGUGACUCCCAUGAAUGAGUAUUCACCAAGUGUGUGCUCAAAAUGUUCAUGCGGUUAUAUUAUUUUUGACCAUAUUGAGUUCAAUAACCUUAACCUGAGUUAUUAUCGUAUGAAAUUCAAUUUUUAUUGAAUUAUUCAUUCUUUAACCAUCGAUGAUUUUUAAGGUAAAACUGUAAAGCAAUACGUUUUAUUUAUAAAGUUAUAGUUUUUUUUAAGUCUUGAUGAUUUUUAUAUAUCAGAUAUUUUGUUGUUA